AUGUUUCGUUUCUAUAAUCUAGGGAGUCUCCUGAUGUACCUGUUUGGCGUUCUCUUCAUCAAGGAUUUCGUCCUCGUCUUCAUCAUCAACCUCCUGCUCCUCUCCGCGGACUUUUACUACCUCAAGAACAUCGCCGGUCGCCGACUCGUCGGGCUGCGCUGGUGGAACGAAGUCAACACCGCAACGGGUGACUCCCACUGGGUCUUCGAGAGCUCCGACCCCAACACCCGCACCAUCAACGCCACUGACAAGCGAUUCUUCUGGCUCGGUCUGUACGUGACUCCGGCGCUGUGGAUUGGCUUGGCCAUCCUGGCCGUUAUCAGACUGCAGAAUAUCAUCUGGCUGAGUUUGGUCGCCAUCGCAUUGGUCUUGACCAUCACCAACACCGUGGCUUUCUCCCGGUGCGACCGUUUCAGCCAGGCGUCCAACUUGGCUAACAGGGCUCUUUCGGGCGGGAUUGCGAGCAACAUCGCCAGUGGUCUGCUGGGCAGGCUUUUCCGAUGA